AUGUCAGACAUUCGGUUGGAUACACCCGGGAUCAACAUCAAGCUCGUUCCUCUUCUACUCACAUUGGAUGUCAUUACAAGCGAGUUUCAGAACGGACUGUUCGAGACCAUUCUCUAUGCUGACUACAUCGCUCUGAUAGGAGAGCAGAGAAGAACUCUAGGAGAAGCUGCAGAGAUGGCAGAAAGUACUGGCGGACAAUGGGCUCCGGCUGGGAAUUUAUGGUUCAGUAUCAAUGGAUGUUCAACAUUCCAUUGA